AUAGCAUUCAUUCAUUGCCAAAGCAAAGCAAUUCCAAUGUCCAUCAUCAGACAAGAGUCGCUUGCCACAAACCAACCGACCGUCCGCCUCCCGUCAGCACACUGCUGGUUGCCUCAGCGACAUCGAACAUGACUUAAACACGCGUUUGCGAGCUCAGAAGAAUGCUAGCCCCCGUGCGCGGCCUUGCGGGGAGACAUGGGCUGGUCGCGACGCCUCGAUUCAUCCACUUCGCGAAGCAGUGCGCCGCCCCCCGCUCCUUGCCGUCCUUGGCCGCAUUCCACCAGCGCCGGUGGGAGUCUGACGUCGCCGUCGCCCCCGCCGCCACUGCUGCUGCCGACACAAAUCUUGCCGUUCCCUGCGCCGCCCGCUUCAACGAAAUCGGUGUGCAGCAACUGAGCUCCCACGUCUACGACCAGCUCUUCCCCCGUGGCAACACUUCGCCGCCGUCCCCAGAGCUUGUUGAGCAUGCUCGCGACCACCUCCGCCGGCACGAUCUGCUUGGCAAGAAUACCGACAACUCGGCCCCCGUUGCCUUUGACCUGCCGCCCCUAGCAGGAGAAACGCUAGAUGAGCAUUUCUGCAAGCUUGGCGUCGACGCCGCCGAGCCCUUUCUCUCGCACGCGAAGCAGUUUGCGCGCGCCACCCUCCCACCCAAGCCGCGAGCAUGGAAGCGCACGAGUGGUUGGACCAAGUACUAUCCGGAUGGGCGUACCGAGGAGGGCGUGGCCCCCCAGGGGAACAUGCUCGCUUUCGACACCGAAGUCAUGUGGAAACACAGCCCCUUUGCCGUCAUGGCCUGCGCUGCCACCCCUGACGCUUGGUAUGCGUGGUUGUCGCCGUGGCUGCUCGGCGAGACGGACAACGACAGACAGCUGAUAUCCCUCGGCGACCCCUCGGUGGAGAGGGUUAUCGUGGGACACAAUGUGGGCUACGACCGCGCCAGGAUACUCGAGGAGUACGACCUGAAGCAGACUAGAAACUCGUUCCUCGACACCAUGUCACUGCAUGUCGCUGUGAACGGUAUGUGCUCUCGCCAGCGGCCAACGUGGAUGAAGCACAAGAAGAAUAGAGAGCUGCGUGACAAAAUCUCCCAGCAGACCAACGACAUUGAGUUGGCCGAGCUACUCAACAACAACUCGUUUGCCCAUGACGAGGAGGAGCUCUGGGUUGAGCGGAGCUCCAUCAACUCUCUCCGGGAUGUCGCAAAGUUCCACCUCGACGUCUCCAUCGACAAGGAGAUUCGGAACUCGUUCGGCGAGCUAGACCGCGAAGGCAUACUGGCCAAGCUUGACGACCUCCUGACUUACUGCGCUGCAGAUGUCGCCAUCACUCACCGAGUUUACCAGAUAGUCUUUCCUAACUUCCUCCAGACCUGCCCGCACCCUGUUAGCUUUGCUGCACUCCGCCACCUUUCAUCCGUUAUCCUCCCCGUCAACAAGUCCUGGGACUCGUACAUAGCGAACUCCGAGGCAACAUAUCAGCGCCUCUCGGCGGCUGUCCAGGAACGCUUGAUCUUACUGACCGAAAAAGCUCUGGAAAUUAAGGGUGAUCCCGACAAGUGGGCCAGCGACCCCUGGAUGCAGCAGCUUGACUGGUCCGGACAAGAGGUCAAGAUGGUCAAGGGAAAAAAGAAGAACGACCCGCCGCGGCCCGCAGCCAGGCAGAAGAUGCCCGGCAUGCCCAAGUGGUUCAAGGACCUGUUUACCAAGGCCGACUCGCCUAUUAAUCUCACAGUCCGCACUAGGAUAGCCCCGCUUCUUCUCCGUCUAUCGUGGGACGGUUACCCCCUGUUCUGGUCCGACAAGUACGGCUGGACUUUUAGGGUCCCGCGCGCCGAACUGGCCACCUACACGGCGCGGCAGAUGGUGCCGUGUGACGUCAGUGACGAGACCGUCACGGCGCUGAAGGAGGACCGCUCGCAUGUCUACUUCAAGCUCCCGCACAAGGACGGCCCCACGGCCCGGUGCGGCAAUCCCAUGGCCAAGGGAUACCUCGCUUAUUUUGAGAAUGGAACUCUUUCGUCCGAAUUCUCGUAUGCAAAGGAGGCGCUCGAGAUGAACGCGUCGUGCUCGUACUGGAUCAGUGCGCGCGACAGAAUUAGGUCCCAGCUAGUUGUCUACGAGGACAGCCUUCCCGGCAGGGACAGCGGGGCCGCUUCUAACGAAGGAUUUAUCCUCCCCCAAGUUAUCCCGAUGGGCACCGUCACCCGCCGCGCUGUCGAGAACACGUGGCUGACAGCAUCCAACGCAAAAAGGAACCGCGUCGGCUCCGAGCUCAAGGCCAUGGUUCGCGCCCCGCCCGGCCAUGUCUUCGUCGGCGCUGAUGUUGACUCGGAGGAGCUGUGGAUUGCGUCUGUCGUAGGCGACGCCACCUUCAAGCUCCACGGUGGCAACGCCAUUGGCUUCAUGACACUCGAAGGCACCAAGGCGGCCGGCACCGAUCUACAUAGCCGUACCGCCGCUAUUCUCGGUAUCACUCGCAACGAUGCCAAGAUAUUCAACUACGGCCGCAUCUACGGUGCCGGCCUCAAGUUCGCCGCCCAGCUCCUCCGCCAAUUCAACCCUAGCCUGAGCGAAAAGGAGACGUUGGCGAUCGCCGCCAAGCUGUACGCCACUACCAAAGGCGCAAAGACCAACAGGAAGGCGCUAUAUAAGCGACCCUUCUGGCGCGGCGGCACCGAGUCCUUCGUCUUCAACAAGCUUGAAGAGUUUGCUGAGCAAGAGCGGCCCCGCACCCCGGUCCUCGGCGCCGGGAUCACCGAGGCUCUGAUGAGCCGCUUCAUGAGCAAGGGCGGCUACCUUACGUCGCGCAUCAACUGGGCCAUCCAGUCUAGCGGCGUCGACUAUCUUCACCUCUUGAUUGUCGCUAUGGAUUAUCUAACGCGACGCUACAACCUCGCCGCCCGCCUAGCCAUCACUGUGCAUGACGAGAUACGCUAUCUCGUCGAGGACCACGACAAGUAUCGCGCCGCAAUGGCCCUGCAAAUCGCCAACAUCUGGACCCGCGCCAUGUUCGCCCAGCAGGUCGGCAUCCACGACCUGCCCCAGAGCUGCGCAUUUUUCUCCGCCAUCGACAUCGAUCACGUCCUGCGCAAGGAGGUCGACAUGGACUGCGUCACCCCUAGCAACCCCAUCGCCAUCGCCCCGGGAGAGAGUAUCGACAUCACCGGUCUGCUGGCAAAAGGCGACCGCGCCCGCCUCGACCCGGCCAUCGUCCCGGACCCGCGCUACGCCCCCAAUCUGGACGGCAUCUCCUACACGCCGCGCAAACCCGUCAUGCAGGAGCUCGUCGAGGCUGAGGGUAUCGACUCCGCCGCGCAGCUGCGCUUCAUCCGCGCCCAAAUUACCAACGUCGAUGCCGAGUUUAGGGAGAUCCUUAAAGAGAUCAAGAAACCGGCUCCACCCACGACUACCACAAAAAACGUGUUACCAUAUCAGUCCAAUGCCCGGCUCGUGUCCGCCCCCCAGCGGGAACCCAUGUCGGUGACGGAAGCCCUCGGAGUAAACCGCUACCACAGCAGCACGUCGUUUGACCGCAAGUGGGACUGGGAGAGGAUCAGACAAGGUUCCAGGACUACAGGCAAGCCCUCGAGGCUGUGAGUGGGGUCAGCCAAGGCCGCAAUGUAAAUUACAUUAUCCGUCGGGUUGACAUUUUCUUUUGUCUUGUAUAUAAGCUGUCAUCAUUGCAAGGGGAGUCGGCUCGUCUUUCUGGUUAUUGGUAAAGCAUUUGUAUAUAUAUAUUAAGGGGGGCGACCUGCUAGUGCAGCAGGAUCGGAAGAGGUUACCUCGUGUGCUAGGUGUUCAAGGGGGGUGUGAGCUAGUAUCGCCUAUUUGGUUAGGGUAAUCAUGAUACGGUGUAUAAAUAUCUAUAACCAAUAGCUAAGGAUUAGGAUCUCAAUCCCUCGUCACAUCCGCCUUCUCAUUCUACCGCGAGUCGCCCCUGGCUU